UAACAGUGCAAUUACCCUCAAAGAUUUAAAUGUAGAGUUCUGUCUUCAUAAACAACUGUUUGUCUUCAUAAAAAAUUUUAGGACACUGAUGUUAAUUCGCAAAAUAUGAAUAGACAAAAAAAGGGAAUAACUUUUGCCGAAGCAACACAAUCCACUGAAAAUUCUACAUCACAAAACAGCAGCACAUACAAAGACGCCCUGAGCCAGCCAGCCGGCGGACUCACUCACCGUCAGCGCCUACUGUGGCUGCAGAAACGUCGCUCAGCUGGACUAUGGGUGCAGUGCGACGACUGUGAUCGCUGGCGGUACCUGCCACAUGUAUUGGACGCUCAGGAACUUCCUGAUAAAUGGAGCUGUAACAUGAAUCCAGAUAAGACAGCAGCAAGCUGCUCAGUCCCCGAAGUACCUAUCCGACUGCAUGAUGAAGAAGACCUGAUACACGGGGAAUACGCAGCAGGGUCUCUGGUGUGGGCGCAGUUGGCUGGUUGGCCGUGGUGGCCCGCCAUGGUCGACGACUGCCCCGACACCGAGCAGUAUUACUGGCUGGAUGGGUUCUCUGAUAUACCUACUCAUUACAACGUAGUAUUUUUCGAUGCUUUCGAUGUGACUCGAGCUUGGAUUGCUCCCAAAAGUCUAGUAUCGUUUGGAUCUAACAAAAGUUUGAAAAUUUCUAAAGAUAAAAGAUACAGAAAACGUUUGGAAGUAUCAAUUAAACAAGCCGAAGACGCAAGCAAAAUGUCGGUCAGCAAGCGUUUGGCUAAGUACAGCUUCAUAGCUAGAUACCCAGGAUCUAUCAAUCAACCAAAAAAGAUAAACAAAAACGAACUCGAAAAGUUUCAAAAGAAACUGAAAAGAAAAUAUGAUAUUGAAUUCCCUAACGAGAGUGAAUCUUCAGAAGAUGAUGAACAAGAUCAAAUUUUAGGUGAUGACAGUACGACCGUAAUCAAAAAAGGAAAAAAUAUGUUACUUGUUGGAACCCCUAAAAGGUCCAAAGAAAAGAAAAAGUGUCUCAGAAAUGAAAGCACAGAAACAAAGAUCACUAAAAAGAAAAUUAAAGAUUAUCUUCAAAUAGAAGAAGAUGAGCCUCAACAUUUACCAGAAGAAAUUCCAUCAAAAUUGUAUAACGAGUCAGCUAGUACGAACUUCAAAGAACCAAGUUCGAUGGCUGUUCAAGUCAGUAACACUGUAACUUCUACAGUGGGUGAUGAAUCUAUUGAUAAUGAUACUUCUGCAACUUUUGUACCUGAAAGUGUAAGCGAAUGUGAAACUCUACGCGAAGUUGCAGAAAAUGUAUUACGCGGGCCAUCACCUAGCAGUGAUGAUUUUGAUUUUUAAUUUUAUAAGUUCUUUAAAAAUGCUUAAUUUUUAUUUCGUUAUAAUUUUCUAUUUCAAUAUAAUAUACUUAUUAUGAAUGCGUA